UUGCUAAUCCUUCCGCGAAUCCUGUGCGUCACAAAAGGUCUAAGCUUACAGCUAACGAGUGCCCUCCAUUGAUGCGUCCCAGCCACAAUCCCGCUACUAGUAGAAAUCCUACUGCUAAUAGAAAUCCCUCUGUUACACAACCGGUAUUCGGUCCUACCGCUCCACUUACUGUCAGUGUUCCUUCCCCGGUUCAGGUUAGCUCCUUGCUCCAACGGCCAUCUUCAAAUCGAGGGGAUCAGUUUCAAUCAGUGCUGAUAAACAUGUUAACAAAGCAACAAACUCAAAUUGACGUAUUAAUUCUGAACCAACAAGCGUCAUCAGCUGAUGCAACAAUUGACCAAAUGCCAGAAUGGUUGCCGAUCAACGACUACAUGCAAUUCCAGAGACUCAACAGGACUUUAGCAUUUACUCCAGGUGUAGAGAACAAAGUUCGAGACAAACUGCUGGCUUACUUCAAUUUUAUUCAUGGGAAAACUGCUGCUAAUAUGAUGACUCGUUGCAUGGGUGCACUAUUCACUAAUUCUAUGGCUGGAGAUUUGAACUGGAACGGAUUAGCUCGGGAAGGUGUAGCAAAAGGAAAAUUUGGCAAUUCAGAAAGCCAAAAACUAAUUCACCUUGCUGUCAACCGGCGAUUCCCACAAGCUUCAAAGUUUGAAAUGGAGAAGGGCUCCAAGGAUUUUCUCCGACACGCCCCAGCGCGCGUCAAGCAAACUGCAGCCAGAGCUGAGAAAGAGGAAGCAGCUAUGGUUGCACAUGCUGCUGGUGUUGCAGCCGGUGCACGUCAUCCCUUGGAUCACAGUUACGAUAAUGUUGAAAGUAAUAACUACUAGAAGUAAUUAGUGGAAAUCAACAUUCGACUAUUUUAUGUGUGACGAAUAUUUUGUUCAAAAACUGAGAAACCUUACUUUAAUUUAUUGUAUUUAUGUCUCUGUUUUUGUACCGUUUAUCAGCAAUACACACAAUAGUCGAACUCG